GUGUCCGCGGCCAGACCUGUCCAGGGGGACAUCUCUGAGGCACAAGAUGGCAUCUGCUCCUCCUUGUGCCUUGUGUUCCCCCUCCCGCCGUGCGGUCGUCUCUCCAUGAUUAUUGCAUUUAUCCGUUUGUGCCUCCCGUACAUCCUCCCUGGCUCUGUGCCCGCUGGAAGCGGGGAGGGAAACGGCCGGUUCUCCUCGGCGGUUUUCGGCUGGGCUGCCGGGCUGAGGCGCAGGUUGCCCAGCUGCGGUCCAUGCUGCUCUGGGGCCCUGCCGGAUCGAGAGGGGUGGCGGGGCAUCCUCUGGUCGGGGGCAUUGGUUUCCAGGAGGAGCAGGUGGACGUGUACAGUGAAUAAGUGUCUGAAGAAAACAAGAAUUAUGGAAGGUCAUAAGUACAAUUAUCCAAGAGAAUUUUAUGAUCAAUAUGCUCAAAGCCAAGAAAAAUCUGUGGUCAAUAAAAUGCAGCAGAAAUACUGGAAAACAAAACAAACCCUUAUUAAAGUUACAGGAAAAAAGGAAGAUGAGCAUGUUGUAGCUUCAGAUGCAGAUCUGGAUGCAAAACUAGAGCUGUUCCAUUCUAUUCAGAGAACAUGUAUGGAGUUGCUGAAAGCAAUUGAACUGUAUCAAAAAAGGAUUUGUUUUCUGUCUCAGGAAGAAAACGAAUUGGGGAAAUUUCUUCGAUCACAGGGUUCUCAGGAUAAAACAAGAGCAGGAAAAAUGAUGCAAGCUACAGGAAAGGCCCUCUGCUUUUCUUCUCAGCAAAGAUUAGCACUCCGUACUCCUUUGAGUAGAUUAUAUCAAGAAGUGGAGACUUUCAGAUACAGGGCCAUCUCAGACACCUGGCUGACAGUAAACCGAAUGGAACAGUAUCGGACUGAAUACAGAGGAGCUCUACUCUGGAUGAAAGAUGUGUCUCAAGAGUUGGAUCCAGAUCUUUAUAAGCAGAUGGAAAAGUUCAGGAAGGUUCAAGCACAAGUGCGACAUGCAAAACUCAACUUUGACAAACUGAAGACUGAUGUCUGUCAAAAAGUGGAUCUUUUGGGAGCGAGCAGAUGCAACCUCCUUUCUCAUGUGUUAACAACAUAUCAGACAACACUGCUUCAUUUUUGGGAAAAAACUUCACACACGAUGGCAGCCAUCCAUGAAAGUUUCAAAGGUUAUCAGCCAUAUGAAUUCACUAUGUUAAAGAGCUUGCAAGAUCCUGUGAAUAAACUAACAGAAAAAGCAGAAAAGGAGGACCUGCAGAUUGAAAGCACCAAUUCAGUGGAAGAUCAGCAGAGUCAGUUGAUUUCAUUAGAAGAGGAGAGCCAUACCAAGGAAUCGAACUAUUCAGGUGCCAUAGAUGACUUAUUAGACCUGCAACCUGAAGAAAAUGCUUCAAAGGAACAGUUUGUGAGGUCCUUGGAGCCAGAACCUGGUGAUAAGGAUGACAUGGUAUUACUGAAUGAGAUCCUCAAUGCCUCCUCCCUGGAUGAGGGGGAAUUCAGCAAAGAGUGGACAGCUGUGUUUGGACAGGUUGCUGAUCUCACCAUGAACUCUUCAACUAGAGAUGGGGAGAACACUUCAUCAUCUGUGGUACCAGCACCAUCAGGCUACUUGCCCUCACAGCUGCUAGACCAAAACAUGAAUGACUUGCAGUCAUCCUUACAUGGAUGGGCAGCUAACAGUGUGAGCCCACCAUCAAGACCACAGCCAGCACCACACAGCCUGAAUGUGAAUGAUAGCAAAACGCCUGUGAAAGAAUCUACAAAGAAUCCUAAAGACUUGACUGCUUGGUUCAGUCUCUUUGCUGACCUUGACCCAUUAUCCAACCCUGAUGCUGUUGGGAAAACUGAUAAAGAACAUGAAUUGCUUAAUGCAUGAGUCAGCUGCCUCUGGUAACUCACAUUCUUCCCUUCAUCAACACUAUUUUGGAGUUAAAAAAAAUGAAAGUUAGUAUGCUGUUGUGAAACUAUAAAGUAUGUGCCAUGAUAAUAAAACUAAAGGGAAUGAAUCUCCUUUUAUAUAGGUGCAGUUAUUUGCUCUUGUUUUGUAUAAAGAGUUCACAUUUAUUUUCUACGUGGAUUUACAAAAAUAAGGUUAAGAAUUAGGGCAGAUUUCUUGCCAAAUUAGAUUAUCUGCUAAAACACUGUCUUUGCCUGGGGUGAUGCGGAGCUAACAGUGGAGUGAAAUACAAAUUGCAAACCUAUUUUUUUAUAAUGUUUCUUGAGUAAAUUAAAAACAAAAUCAUGUAACUGAGGAGGCUGCAUGAGUCAAACAUCUAUCAUGUCUGUAAUAUAUAUAUUACUGCUAUGUUAAGAUGUCAACUGAAUUUGUUUUGUUAGUACUCACAGUGAAAAACCUGUGCUGGGGCUAAUUAUUGAAGAAGUAAAUUUGGGUCUGUGCAGCCAUGGAAAUUGUUGCCUUUCUGAUUUAACUUAUUAGACAAACUGCACUACAUAAACAGAAGUCAUGCCCAGAAGGCUUCUUUUCUGAGGUUUUUCUCCACUGCACCAACAGAAUUUGCACCUGUUUGCAGAAGUUUCUUCAAACUGAUGCUUUAUCAUGCCUUCAAACCAUUCAUGUUUCUGUUCUGAGAAUUUUUCAUCCCGUUUAUUUCUGAAGCAUGUGUUAUUUUGAGCUUGUUGUGACAUUAACUCUUUAAUAAAAUGAUUUUGACAAAAAAA